GCCACCGUCCUGGUCCCGGGGAAGAAGAAGAAGAGGCCGCCGCUCCAGGGCCCGACCGAGGAGGAGGCGGAGGCCCAACAACUAAGAUGGCGAGGGGCAGCAGAGGCAGCGCCGGUGACGCGGGCGGCCCUCCUCCCCUUCCCUCCCUCUCUCUCCCUCUGAGAGGCAUUCGCUCUGACUGAAGGAAGGCGCCGCUUCGCCGCUGCCCUCGGAUAAUAAUAAGAGGCCUUGGCGGGCCUCGAAGGGCCGGGGCGGGUCUGGCUGUGAGGGGAAGGAAGGCCGCGGAGGGAGGAGGCCCCGCCAAGGCAGCCGGGAGAAAGGCGCCUCCUGCUCCUGCUCCUCCUCCCUCCUCAGCUGCGGAAGAUGGCGGCCUUGGCGUUGGCCCUAACGGGAUCCCGGGAGUGAGGAGCAGACAACUUCAGAUUAAUAAACCUGAGGCAAUUCCAGGGUGAGGAUCUGUAACAGGCUGUAUAAUGCGGAAACCAAGCCCUCAGAAGGGUCACUUUGCCUGGGAUAAAUACUUGAAAGAAACAUGUUCCAUCCCAGCUCCAGCCCAUUGCUUCAAGCAGUCAUAUACCCCGCCAAUCAAUGAAUUUAAAAUCAGCAUGAAGCUAGAAGCCCAGGAUCCUAGAAAUACCACUUCUACUUGCAUUGCUACUGUAGUUGGACUGACAGGUGCCCGGCUCCGAUUGCGCCUGGAUGGCAGUGACAAUAAGAAUGAUUUUUGGCGCCUGGUGGAUUCUGCUGAAAUCCAGCCAAUUGGCAACUGUGAAAAGAAUGGAGGGAUGCUGCAGCCUCCUUUGGGCUUUCGGCUGAAUGCUUCUUCUUGGCCCAUGUUUCUCCUGAAAACUCUGAAUGGAGCAGAAAUGGCUCCUGUUCGGAUUUUCCAUAAGGAGCCACCAUCUCCAUCUCAGAACUUCUUUAAGAUGGGGAUGAAACUGGAGGCUGUAGACAGGAAAAAUCCACACUUCAUCUGCCCAGCCACCAUUGGUGAGGUGCGAGGGUCUGAGGUGCUUAUCACUUUUGAUGGCUGGAGAGGAGCCUUUGACUACUGGUGCCGCUAUGAUUCUCGUGACAUCUUUCCUGUUGGCUGGUGUUCACUGACUGGUGACAACUUGCAGCCCCCUGGAACAAAAGUGGUGAUUCCAAAGAGCCCAUUCAUUGCCACGGAUGUGAUAUCGGAAAAGAGUAACAUGCACAGUGGAACAAAGACUAUCCUGGAGCAUCAACCUGGACAGAGGGGCCGCAAACCUGGUCGUAAGCGAGGCCGGACGCCCAAGGCUUUGAUCAGUCAUCCCAACCCCAACCCUUCCAAGACAGUGGAGCCUUUGAAGUUCCCCAAAAAGAGGGGACCGAAGCCUGGCAGUAAGAGAAAGCCUCGAACUUUACUAAAUCCAGCACCCACCUCCCCUACAACCAGUACUCCUGAACCUGACACUAGUACAGUGCCACAAGAUGCAGCUACUAUCCCCAGUUCUGCUAUGCAGGCUCCUACAGUUUGUAUUUACUUGAAUAAAAAUGGUGGCACUGGGCCUCACCUGGACAAGAAGAAAGUCCAACAACUCCCAGACCAUUUUGGGCCGGCCAGAGCAUCGGUGGUCCUGCAGCAGGCGGUCCAGGCGUGCAUUGACUGCGCAUAUCACCAGAAAACGGUCUUCUCGUUCCUGAAGCAAGGCCACGGAGGCGAGGUCAUUUCAGCUGUGUUUGAUUGUGAGCAGCAUACUCUGAAUUUACCUGCAGUCAACAGUAUUACCUAUGUUCUCCGCUUCCUUGAGAAACUCUGCCACAACCUGCGCAGCGACAACCUCUUUGGAAACCAGCCUUUCACUCAGCACCAUCUGCAGCACUCCCGCGAAUAUGAACAUGACAGGUACCUACCAGACAGGAUCAUUCCGUUAGACGGCUCUCUACAGGGACCGGCCCUGGGUUCAAAGAGAUACUCCCAAGAGUCCCCUCCAUACAGUGCUCCUCUCUCCCCCAAGUUGCCAAAGAAUGACCAUCAUCCUUUGGAAGGCGAAACGUUUGUCCUGAGUGAUGGCCUCCCAGGUGCCUUGGAGCCUCGCCUGGACGCUAUGGACUCGGCCCUGAAUGCUUUCACUACAGCCGCUCAAAGCAGGAACACAAGGCACUACCGGCUCCAGGGAUACAAGCAUCUCCACCAGCAUGCCACCCUCACUCCAUGCGGCACCUCAGCCAUCCAUAGACUUAGCGUUGUGGGCUCUGACAGAUACCUUGGUCCACGAGAUUCCUCACGGUCCGGCGCCCGAGACCCUUCCGCCUGGACAGUGGAAGACGUCAUGCAGUUUGUGAAAGACGCAGACCCCCAACUGGGACCCCAUGCAGACCUCUUCCGAAAACACGAAAUUGAUGGCAAGGCCUUGCUAUUAUUGCGCAGUGACAUGAUGAUGAAAUACAUGGGCUUAAAGCUGGGUCCAACACUGAAACUCACCUACCACAUCGACAGGUUAAAACAGGGCAAGUUCUGAAGAAGACAUUACCUUUCUGGCAUGAGUCUUGGCAAACACGGUGCUCUCUGCUCACAGACAGGUCACGUACGCCUGUUUCUUGCCCACCACCUUAUAGCACUACGAGGAGACCUUCACUACCAGGAAGGAGAUGGUUCUGUCCUAAAGGAUCACCAUGAACACUCAAGACCUUGAGAGGAAACUUACAUAUAGACAGCUUGGCCUGGAUGGAUGGAUGGAUGUUUCGUCUGCUCUCUGCUGGUGGAAUUUGGAGCCCCAGUCAAUCUUACAGGGAAGAUGAGGCUUCUUGUUUUGUCUAUGGAACUCUGGAUGAGCCACAUUCAUGUUGGACUUGGCUGUUCGGCCCUCCUUCUUUGCACCAUACUCUCUUUCCUGCCCAAUUCAAGGAUCCUAUUCAUGUUACACGAGGAGUGCGCUUUGGACUGAAACUGGCCAAUGCCAGGUGGGGUUUCCGAUUCUGUGCCAUACAGAACAAACUGUGAGGUGCCAGUUCUUUCAUAAAACAAGCAAGUGCUGCUGUCCAGAUUGUUCAUCCCUUGGUCCCAGGGAUUAUGGCAGAGGGCACAAUACUCUGCUAGCCCUUCUAUCUGACUAUUCUGUAGAUUUCUUUCUCUGCUUUCAUGGAAGCCUGAGUCUCCCAGUUCCCAAGUGCAGCUGGCAUGAUAGUAGAGGCCUGUGAUAUUUAUUUGGGAUAAGACAAGAAGAACAACUGUGAUGGGCAUAAAGGUGGAUCGACAUCAGGAUCACCUUUGCAGCUCUCCAAAUGAUCUGGUGGAAAUGGGAAGGCUCCCAGUUGCCAGGUCAGAGAGCUGAACAGACCAACCUCCCUCCCUUUUCCCACACGAAAAGAAUAUGAUUUUUUUUACACUUGAUAUUGAAAUAAUAGCUAUUUUAACUUUUUUCCUGGGAAAUGAAAUGUUUCUUAUCCCUUCAGUGCAUACUCUAGCUACCCGAGAGGUGAUCAUGAAAUUGGCUGGAUAAGGAACGGGUUUUUGGAUGGUUUGUCCUCCCUCCCUCAGUGUGAGCGGACGAACAUGAAUUGUUUUAUAUGUAUGUAUACUGGAAAAUGUUUAAUGUAUUUAUUUUUAUGGCGCUUGAGCAGCUGCCCUCACUGUUUCAUAACUGGGGGGGUUGCUGCUAAGAGAUGGAAAUGAGAAAAGGGAGUAAUCAGCUGGUGCCCCAAGUACUCCUCUCUUCACAUUCAUGAGUGAAGGCUUCUUUGCUUCCAGAAAGCAAAACUAGGAGGGUUUUUGGUUUCCUCACCUUCUCCAGAACACUGAACAGUGUACUCUCUCUUUUGAAAUGCAGACAUGCGUCUUCAGAUUCAUUUAGUUGUGUUUGCUGUCCCAUAUGGUAAGCUGGGCACGGGGAGGUAUAAGGUACAUAUCCUUUCUAAGUCCCAAGGCUUAGAUACUUCUUCCUCUCCUCUCUAAUCAGACUGUUAAGGAAGAGGGACUUUUUGGACUAGUUCAGAAGAAGAGAUUGGAGAACUUAAAAAUGCAAAAACAAAUAAAUACCCCACCCCUAAAACAGGCAAUAAGCCAAUUGUGGGAAGGAACUCACUACAAUGCAAUGUAGUAGUGCAAUUCAGCCAACAUGUAGGCCGCCUGGUGUACCCUUCCUUUUGGGGACAGGGUUACCGUCUGCUAUUACUGCAAUCUGCUCUUACUACUUGCAGGAAACAGUGAUGAUCCUGACAUUCAUUCCUGCACUUCUUUUGUUGAUUUUGUUUAUAAAUAAAGGGGAGAUAGUACUGGUAAAA